AUGGCAGACAUGGACACCGACUCGGAAGAGGCAAUGACAAAGGAGGAGCUCCAAGCCGAGGAGCCGCCGCCGCCGCCGCCGCCGCCCGCAGGAAAUGCAGCAUCAUCAUCAGCCUCAGCACCAGCACAGCAGAAUGCCUUCGCCGUGCUCAUGGGCCCCAAACCCAAGAAACCUCCACCCAAACCCAAGACGCCGCGCAUGUCGCACCCCAACCCGUUCAAGGACCGCAUGGCGCUGGGCGCGUACCUCUCUGACCCGGCGUCCUUCCCCGCCUCGUCGCCCGUCAUCUACCACAACGCGGACUUCGUGGCCCUGCGCGACAAGUUCCCCAAGGCGACGGUGCACGCGCUGCUGCUGCCGCGCUCGCCCGCCGUCAACCUCCUGCACCCGUUUGACGCGCUCGCGGACCCGACGUUCCUGCGCGAGGUGCAGGAAGAGGUGGCGCGCCUGCGGAAACUGGUCGCGGGGGAGCUGCGGCGGAGGUUGGGCAGGUUUAGCAGGGCGGAUAAGGCGCGCGAGGCGGUCCUCAACGGGGAGGUGGAUGUGACCCCGGCGGCGGGUGGUGGUGGGGCCGGUGGUGGUGAUGGCGGAGAUGGAGGAGGAGGAGGAGGAGGAGGAGGAGGUAGAGCAGCAGGAGGAGGGGGAGGAGCAGAGACGGAGCUCCCGCAGGGCCGCGACUGGGAGGCCGAGGUACUCGUGGGCGUGCACGCCGUGCCGAGCAUGCGGCACCUGCACAUCCACGUGCUGUCGCGCGACAUGCACUCGCCCGCGCUCAAGCACCGCAAGCACUACAACUCGUUCAACACGCCCUUCCUCGUCGACGUGGCCGACUUGCCGCUGGCCGAGGGCGACCCGCGCCGCGACCCCAAGGAGGCGGCGUUCCUGCGCCGUGACCUCGUGUGCUGGCGCUGCGGGCGCAACUACAAGAACCACUUCAAGGAGCUCAAGGAGCACCUCGAGGAGGAGUUUGAGGCGUGGAAGAAGGAGUGA